CACACGCCACACACACACCGCCACAACAACGUGGAGACACCAGCAGCUCCAACAACAGUGCGCUGUGCUCAGCCGGGGGAUGUGACAUGACUUGUCCGAGUAAAGAACUUUGUCUUCCAGACCCUCUCAGCUAUCAUAACCAGGCUUUGUUGUCCAAUUCAUUAGAGAGAUUCCUGAGUCCACUGGCCACGCUGGAGCCCUCUCAUUUCUGGCUGCUGAAUAGAAUGGCCGCUGAUGACCGGCACCUGUCCUCCAGCUGCGGGUCUUACAUCAAGACGGAGCCGUCCAGUCCCUCCUCGGUCAUCGACACGGUCAGCCACCACAGCCCCAGCGGCAACUCGGACGCCAGCGGCGGCUAUGUCAGCGCUAUGAACAACCACUCCAACGGCCUGGACUCUCCACCUAUGUUCACCCCGAGCGGGAUCGGGGCCGGCACCUGCCGCAAGCGCUACGACGACUGCACCAGCACCAUCAUGGAGGAAUCGUCCAUAAAGUGCGAAUACAUGUUGAACUCCCUCCCCAAGAGGCUGUGCCUGGUCUGUGGAGAUAUAGCCUCAGGGUAUCACUAUGGGGUGGCCUCUUGUGAGGCCUGCAAAGCCUUUUUUAAAAGGACAAUACAAGGUAACAUAGAAUACAGCUGUCCCGCCACAAACGAGUGUGAGAUCACGAAGCGGAGACGCAAAUCAUGUCAGGCCUGUCGCUUCAUGAAAUGCCUCAAAGUGGGGAUGCUGAAAGAAGGUAAGAAGAGGGUUCGCCUGGACCGCGUGCGAGGGGGUCGACAGAAGUACAAGCGGAGGUUGGACACGGAAAACAACCCGUACCUGGGCUUGACGCUCCCUCCCCCCACCAAAAAGCCUCUCACAAAGAUUGUCUCUCACUUGUUGGUGGCGGAGCCGGAGAAGAUCUACGCCAUGCCCGACCCCACCAUGCCCGAGAGCGACAUCAAGGCCCUGACCACGCUGUGCGACCUGGCGGACCGCGAGCUGGUGGUCAUCAUCGGCUGGGCGAAGCACAUCCCAGGCUUCUCCACUCUCACACUGGGCGACCAGAUGAGUCUACUGCAGAGCGCCUGGAUGGAGAUCCUCAUCCUCAGCAUCGUGUUCCGCUCGCUGCCGUACGAGGACGAGCUGGUGUACGCCGAGGACUACAUCAUGGACGAGGAGCACUCGCGGCUGACGGGCCUGCUCGACCUCUACGUGUCCAUCCUGCAGCUGGUGCGCAAGUACAAGAAGCUCAAAGUGGAGAAGGAGGAGUUUGUCACCCUCAAGGCCAUCGCGCUCGCCAACUCAGACUCCAUGCACAUAGAGGACAUGGAGGCGGUCCAGAAGCUCCAGGACGCCCUGCACGAGGCCCUGCAGGACUACGAGAGCAGCCAGCACCAGGAGGACCCGCGGCGGGCGGGCAAGCUGCUCAUGACGCUGCCCCUGCUGAGGCAGACGGCCACCAAGGCGGUGCAGCACUUUUACAGCAUCAAGGUGCAGGGCAAGGUCCCCAUGCACAAACUCUUCCUGGAGAUGCUGGAGGCCAAAGUGUGAUUGCGGCGCGGCUGAUCGGCCACGGCGAUAGAUGAGGGCUGCGUUAGCGAUACAGAAAGUGACUUGAACCAAGGCUGUGGGGACUCAGGAGACUGCACCCCAACACUGACUGUACUAGACUGAACUCUCUCACUCCCCCUCCUGGAAACCUGGGGCGGUAAUAAAAAAAAAACGAA